AAUAUGUUAGCCACUCAAUCAGUUAUGGCGAGGUAAAUCAGUCGACCAUAACUCCAGUACUCCACAAUGAAGUACUGUAUAUCAGUCGACCAACGAACUCAGUACCCAGUGAAUAGCGAGCAAUUCAAGUUGAUCGUGUUUCUAGGAGCAGCUAACCAACUUAGCCGCCGCCAGCAGCGGCGACGCCGACCGUUAAGCUCCAUGUCUGAUGCAAUAUUAAGACACCGCGCUGCACAACUCAUUGAGCCAGGAUGCUUUUAUUGUUCUCUGCCAUCUCCAUCUCUCUUUGCCAACCGAUCUGCUUGUCGAAGAAAUCAUCAUCGAGCACAUUCUUCUCUGUCCAUGAAUGGGUGCCAAGGUGACCCAAGAGCCCCCAUCGGAACCAUCCAAGCUCAAACGUUUCCUGCUGUCUCGAGCCUAUCACUGGCGAUGGAAAGCCUCAAUUCCGCCAUUUCGAACCUCCUCAACUCCGACCCUCUGCCGUUUGACUCUGGCAUUAUUCGCCUUCAGGUACCAAUUAAAGAGAAGAUUGAGGCACUCGCUUGGCUGCAUGCCCAAAACCAUCUUCCACUCCUCCCGCGCUGUUACUUCUCUAGUAGAAGCCGAAUCCUUGACACCGAUCCUUCAUCCAUUAAACAUCUUAUUGCUUCCCAUCCAGUUCUUUCAUCAUCAUCAUCAUCAUCAUCAUCUCAAAAGCAUAGGGUGGUGAGUGUAGCUGGCCUGGGCUCGGCUGUCUUCUUCCGCGACUUACGCCCUUUCUCAUUCGAUGAUUGGCUCUCCAUUAAGAGGUGGUAGAUCCACCACCGAAAGCGGCUGUGGAUGCAGAAAAUUGUGCGAAAAGCAAGGCCUUCCAAGAAGCUGAAGAAGACACAGCAGUAAAAGAAGUGUUCACAGCAGUAGAGGAUGUUGUAUGUCACCAAAGAAGGGACGAUUGUGAAGGCGGCAGUGCGGCACUGCUUGGCUGGAGACAGUGGCUGAAACAGAUAAAGCACCCAUGGUGUUCAUGUCUAGGGCUUAGGGGGAAAAUUCUUGAUACCAUGUGGAUAUAAUAACAGGCUUACCCAAUCAUGGGUGCCUUUUGGUGCAUGUAAUUAUGUAUAUACAUGGUUUCUCUCCAAGGGAUGCCCUCUAAUUCGUGCUUAUGGUGCUAUUCGCUUUAACGCUACUGUAAGCAUUGCUUCAGAAUGGAGAGCUUUUGGAUCAUUUUAUUUUAUGGUUCCACAGGUUGAGUUAGAUGAGUUUGAGGAAAGUUCAAUGAUUGCUGCAACUAUUGCUUGGGAUAACUCCCUCUCAUGGACAUAUCGGAAGUCUAUCAAUAAACUACAGGAAACAAUGUGUGAGGUUUACACUGUAGUUGAACAUUUGGUGAAAAGAGUUCCUGAUACAUAUGUACUCCAGAAAACUCACAUUCCCGGAAAAACAUCUUGGGAUCAGGCUGUUAAUCGUGCUUUGCAUAUGAUAAAGGGGGAUUACUCUACUCUGAUCAAGGUUGUACUUGCUCGCAGCAGCAGAGUUGUAACUGCUAUAGACAUUGACCCUUUGACAUGGUUAACUUGCCUGAAGUACGAAGGAGAAAAUGCAUAUCAGUUUUGUUUGCAGCCUCCUGAAUCACCGGCAUUUAUUGGAAAUACUAGCAAUUAUUUCAUCGAGACCAACUCAGCGUUUGCAGUGAUGCUCUUGCUGGCACCCGAGCUAGAGGCGGGACAGCGCUUCUAGAUCUUAAGAUAGGGCAUGAUUUGCUUUCCAGCCCAAAAGAGCAUUAUGAGUUCACUAUAGUACGAGAGUGCAUUAGAAGGAGACUGGAGGCUGUGUGUUCCAGUGUGCUGAUUGAACCAAAGAAAGCUUUGAAAAAACUUCCAAGAGUCCAACAUCUUUAUGCCCGAUUGUCUGGGAGGCUUCAAAGUGAAGAUGAUGAGUUCAAGGUUCUAUCAUCGCUUCAUCCAACUCCAGCAGUUUGUGGGUAUCCGACAGAAGUUGCACGGGUUCUAAUAGCAGAAACUGAAACAUUCGAUCGAGGAAUGUAUGCUGGCCCCGUUGGUUGGUUUGGAGGGGAAGAGAGUGAAUUUGCAGUUGGAAUCCGGUCAGCAUUGGUUGGUAAGGGUCUUGGUGCAUUGAUUUAUGCUGGAACAGGGAUAGUCAAAGGAAGCAGUUCAUCUUCUGAAUGGGAUGAACUAGAGCUGAAGACAUCACAGUUUACCAAACUGAUGAAACUUGAGGUUCCUGCAUUGUCAAUGAGUGGAAACGAGAGGAAUAUUAACCAAAGGGGUUGAUGAUUAUCAGUUUUACAUUCAUUCAGAUUCCUUGUUGAGAUUGAGAUCUGACCUUCAACUUGCAUCCUUGUACUUCUGGUGCAGACAACUCCCCUUUUAUCUUUUGCUUCCGCUAUACACACGCCCUCUCCUGCCCAAAAGAGGCAAAUAUAUGGGGCAUCAAAUGAUGACAUAUUUCUUAUUAUUUGCGAGCGAAUGUUAGUUGCAUGGUCAUUGCUGUAAGAAAUAUCAUACAUUAAAAGUUAAGAGCUUAGUGUUAAAUUAUUGGUAUAAGCAAUUAUCUUAUUA